UCAUAUGGAGGUGAUAAGGAUCUCAGGAGGCGUUAAAGGUAAAAAAAGUUACAGAGAUGUAACUAUCACGGAUUUCUAGCAGCACUGCUGUGUAUUUGGUGCACAUAGACUUCAUAGUAAACAUAUUACACAUAGCGUACUAUUAAAAUUACACUUUAAAAAGCACAUUUAAAUAUCUAAUAUUUGUGUGUCAAAGCUGCAAAGUGUAAAAGAAAAAAAAAGAUUUUACAUACAAAUCGUUUAGCAAUUGUAUAAAGAGAUCAUUUACAUAGAAUCAACCUAUACAUUUUGUAAAGGAUGUCUACAAAAAAAUCUGCUUUUACUUCCCGGGGAAGUUCCCGCCCCCUUUGCUCUGAUUGGUUAGUUUAUCAAGGAAGUAAUGGAACGUCUCGCAUCGAUUGGUCAAAGAGAAGUCACCUGACAGGAGGAGCGCAACCAAGUAUUCAUACUGAUGUGUUACUGGUGUAGUUAGUUUUUGUCCUGUAGUAAAUAAUUACAAGUCCAACAGGGCUUUUAAAAAGUAGCAUACAUAUUCUGUAUUAUAUAUGCGUUUGCGUAAGCUGGUAUCACUGCUUAUAUAACGUUGGCUUCCACGGCACAAGCAUACGGAGCAUUUGGGACUUUGUUCGUGUGACCGUGACGGUACCUUGAGAUGAGGUGAAUGUACAGUUUGACCAGAUGUAAGUUAAUGUAGUCAUUUGCCUGACUCGUUCUUGAAUGAGAUUAGUGAUUCAUUGAAGAACAUUUAGUUUGCCAAGAAACCCAGACUAAACCCAGGAAUCAGUUUCGUGCCUUCAAGACCCUCUCCAUCUUUCUCUUCCUUUUUCUUUCUUUGCCUUUCUCCUGUGUCAUCAUUUUCGGCUGAAUGCAGCAGGCUUUGCCUCGGAUUAGCAGAGUAGCUAAGAGGGUUCAGCGAAUUGGAGCCCAAAUCAUCCCAAUGGCUCAGAACUGCAAUGCGUCCUCCACGCAGAAAGACAGUGCUGUCACGGCAGCUAUUCUCAUCAUAGGAGACGAGAUCCUGAAGGGUCACACCGUUGACACCAACAGUGCCUUCUUGUGUCGCAGACUUCGAAAGCUUGGCAUCACCGUUGAGCGGAUCACCGUAGUGCCCGACGUCCAGGAAGUCAUUGCUAAAGAAGUGGCACAGCUUUCCUCCUCCGUUACUCACCUCAUCACAUCCGGUGGCAUCGGUCCCACCCACGACGAUGUCACUUUCGAGAGUGUGGCUAUGGCAUUUGGCGAAGGUCUGCAUGCUCACCCCGAACUGUCAAAGCUAGUAGAGGGUUUCUUCGGCCCGGUCACUACAAACAGUGCCCAAAUGAAGCUCGCCAUGGUUCCCGCUUCUGCCAAACUCAAUUUUGGCAUAGACCCUCAGACAGGCCAGCAAAAUCGAUUCCCGCUAGUCAGUGUCCACAAUGUGUACAUAUUUCCCGGCAUCCCCUCUCUGCUGGAAAAGACUUUCAAUGGCCUUACCCAUCUGUUUUCAGGUUCUGGUACCACCUUUCACACCCAUGAGGUGUUUGUGAAUGCGGACGAGACCGAUAUCGCCCUGUGUCUAACAAAACUGCAGGCAGGUUGGGGCAAGCGUGUCUCUCUGGGCUCUUACCCAGACUGGCUUAGUAAUUAUCAUCGUGUCCGAUUGGUUUUGGACUCUGACAGUGCGGAAGAGGUGGAAAGAGCAAGAACCCAACUGAUAAAAGAGCUGCCUGAAGGAUCUGUGGUUCCCCUUGUCACGGACCCGGUGUCAGUCGCAGCUGAAGAGGUCUACAUGCUCUCGAAAAGCGAGACAGUGCUGGGGAAGAAAGUAGCUGCAGCAUUGGGGACCAUUGAGAUGGCGCUGGAUAAAUACUCGACUAAUGAAAUCUGUGUCGGCUUUAAUGGUGGCAAAGACUGCACUGCUCUGCUGCAUUUAUAUUAUGCUGCUCUGAAACGGCGAUAUCCAGAUAGUAGAGACAGAUUGAAAGCUCUUUACAUUCGAGUUAUCUCUCCUUUUCCAGAAAUGGAGAGGUUUUUGCAGGAUACAAUCAAAAGAUAUGACCUGGAGCUGUUCUCAGUGGAAGGCAGUAUUCGGCAGGCUCUGCAUGAGGUCCGGGAACGGAGGCCAGAUUUACAUGCGGUUCUGAUGGGAACGAGACGGACAGACCCUUACUCACACACACUGACACCCCUCUGUCCCACAGACCCCGGCUGGCCUGAAUACAUGAGGGUCAACCCACUGCUGGAAUGGACAUAUCAUGACAUCUGGUCUUUCCUCAGGACUUUAUACGUGCCCUACUGCAUUCUGUAUGACAAAGGAUACACUUCUUUAGGCAGUAUGGAUAACACAUGCAGGAAUCCAUCUCUUAAAGUGGUGGACGAGAGAGGUGUGACUCGAUACAAAGCUGCCUACAUGCUGGAAAAUGAGGAGGAGGAACGCAACUCAAGGGCAUGACUGACUUCUCAGACAUCUUAAUCUUCUUUUUUUUUUAUGAAGAAGUAGCAAGUGAUAAAACCUGCAGCUGAGGACAUUUUGAAGAAGGAACUGAAUCUGAAACAUCAGAAACAUGUUGAAUAAAAUCUGUACUACUGGAGUGUCUGACUAAACGUGGGUGCUGAAAAGUGAGAAAUGUCACUGUAUGCUGUUUUUAGGAUUUAUAAUAAAACGGUAUCAGAG